AUGACAGUAUUCGGACGAUGGUGGAAAGCACCAGACACGCCAAAUGCCAACCCGGCCGACUACGACAUAUAUCCGGUGCAUUUGAUGGAUGGUGCCAAGGUGAACCACAAGGUUAUGGGAUGGACGAUGCGCUUCAACGAUGUCCUUGACGCAGACAUCUUACAUAACUCCAUCAUGACACUACUAGACAUUGGGGACUGGAGGAAACUCGCUGGCCGACUUAAACGAAACGCAAAAGGACAGCUGGAAAUUCACGUCCCAAAGCAAUUUACCAAAAAUGCUCCAGCUUUUCAAUACAAGCACGAGACCAAGUUCUGCGACGAAAGCAUUAAUUACCAUCCCAUCGGCCGUGUUUUUAUCACACCAACUGACGAGCCGUCGAUUCAAAAGCUUCCAGAGUCGUUACGCCAUUUCAUGGCCCCAGAUGGCUAUCCAGAGACGGUAGAAGGCCUCAUAGAAAGCAACAAGUCACAGAUAGGGGUCACCAUUGUGUCUUUCAAAGAUGCCACGUUGGUGUCUCUGGCUCUUCCGCACACACUUGGAGAUAUUGUCACCCUUGUACAGAUGAUUCACAAUUGGUCUCGCGUGCUGGCCGGUAGAGCAAAGGAUGUGCCACCAAUCUUGGACGCACACACGGAUGCCCUCGAGGCAAUAGCAAACGACACUUCAACGCCUUCGGAUGUAACUCCCCUGAUGAACAAGCAACAACUAGGGAAAUACGCUCUAGCAAAGUGGCUUGUGAGACAGUUGUGGGAGAGAUCCCAGAGGAAUAGGGAUCUUCGGAUGGUCUACAUACCCAAAGAUGCCUACCAGCGUCUUCUAUCCAAAGUAAGGGAGGAACAGGAGCAACUGGCCAACUCUGAGUCUGAAAAGUCGGAGCCAAAGACCCGUGCUACACGUAUUGACGAAGUCGACAUCAUCACUGCAUGGCUCACUCGCAUCAUUGCAUCGCAAGAAGUCGGACCACGACCAGUGACCAUUCUGAGCUUGUACAAUAUCCGCUUUCAGCUAAGGUCACUCUUGCAAGCGAAAGGCAUGUUUGCUCAGAUCAUGGUUUCAAUUACUUCCGCGACUUUUCCGGACGGCACAGCUGCCAAGGAUAGUGUGAGCCAAAUUGCCCAGAGCUACAGACAGCAGGUAGCUGAGCAGAGCACCCAAGACCAGGUGGUUGCAUAUCUUCGCCAGGUGCGCAACGAGCUCAAGGGCGGUUCGCCAUCGCUUGCAAUGUAUGGGGAGGCUGAUUCACUGCUCAUCUUUUGCAACCCCUUGGCUAAGCUGAACUUGAUUAAGAUGGCUAAUUUUGCGCCAGCCGUGAAGGGGUCGCCGAGUGCGGACGGCGCAGCUGGCGAGAGGAGAAAUCCUCCUGGUACCAUUGUCAGUAAUGUCUUUAACCCUCUUAAUUGGAAGGAUGCCGGUCUGGAUGCGUUGUUUCCGUUGGGGGCUGAUCAUACGGGCGGCAACUGGAUCAUGGCCAAAAUGUCCCCUGAGUCGUGGGAAACCCUUGCUGAAGAACUGAAGAAACUCUAA